AUGGAGGACUUUCUACUCUCCAAUGGGUACCAGCUGGGCAAGACCAUUGGGGAAGGGACCUACUCAAAAGUCAAAGAAGCAUUUUCCAAAAAACAUCAAAGAAAAGUGGCAAUUAAAAUUAUAGACAAGAAGGGAGGGCCAGAAGAGUUUAUCCAGAGAUUCCUGCCUCGAGAGCUCCAGAUUGUCCGUACCCUGGACCACAAAAACAUCAUCCGGGUGUAUGAGAUGCUGGAGUCGGCAGAUGGAAAAAUCUACCUGGUGAUGGAACUGGCUGAGGGAGGGGAUGUCUUUGACUGUGUGCUGAACGGAGGGCCACUUCCCGAGAGCCGGGCCAAGGCCCUCUUCCGCCAGAUGGUUGAGGCUAUUCGCUACUGCCAUGGCUGUGGCGUGGCCCACCGAGACCUUAAGUGUGAGAACGCCUUGUUGCAGGGCUUCAACCUAAAGCUGACCGACUUUGGCUUUGCCAAGGUGCUACCCAAGUCACGCAGGGAGCUGAGCCAGACCUUCUGUGGCAGCACAGCCUACGCCGCUCCCGAGGUGCUGCAGGGCAUACCCCACGAUAGCAAGAAAGGUGAUGUCUGGAGCCUGGGGGUGGUCCUGUACGUAAUGCUUUGUGCAAGUCUACCUUUUGAUGACACAGAUAUCCCCAAGAUGCUGUGGCAGCAACAGAAGGGGGUGUCCUUCCCCACUCAUCUGGGCAUCUCAACCGAAUGCCAGGACCUGCUGAAGCGGCUCCUGGAACCAGAUAUGAUACUCCGGCCUUCAAUCGAAGAAGUUAGUUGGCACCCAUGGCUAGCAAGCACUUGAUAAAAGCAAUGGCAAGUCCUCCCCAAUAAAGUAGGGGGAGAAAGCAAACCCAAAAACCCGCUUCUAAAAUGGUGAUAUAUAUUUUACACUUUAUGCUCCCUUUAUCCAUAGCUUACUUCUACAUCCCCAAGGUGGCCCCACAGGCCCCUUACUAGGAGAGCUUUUCCUUUCUUCCUAGAACUAAGGGCCUUAGAUUUCUUUUAUUGAUGGUUCUCAAAUCAUCAUGGGCAGGGAGAAGAGAGGAGGAACAUGACCCACCAGAACCACUCAGGUGCUACAACCUGCUUUCCAAAUAAAAGCAAAAGCAUUUGGGCUGCAGAAAUGGCCUCCUGCCUCCAUGGCGUGGUGAGAGGCUGGCUGGGCUCAUCCCUUUCUCAAACCAGAGGCCUCAGGACCCUAGCUACAUACCCCGCCCAUGCUCCAGACAGGAAGUCACACUUGCAGCUGUAGGAGCCUUUCCAAGGCUCCAUUAUGGCUGCCACGGGGACAGAACCAUCCCCAGACACUUCUGGCUUCUGUUCAAUCACUUUAAUGCUGUUACGGCAAAUCUGCAAAAGGUUCAGGACAAACUUUGUUUUUGUUCCUUUUUAAUUACAAAACUAACAGCUGUUAGAAUGUUUCUUUUUUCUUUUUUUUUUCUUUUCCCAGCUACAAAAUACUCUGGGGAGAUGCAUUAUAAUUUAAAAUAUAUAAUAUUGCACAAACAACCAAAAGGUUAAUUAAACUAAUUACAAAGAGAAAAAUCCCAUCCCAUCAAAAAAAAAAAAAAAAAAAAGAA